AUGAACAAGAAUGUCAUUUAUUUAUUUUUGCUUUACUGCUCCUUAAUACUUAAUGUAAAAUGCCUUUAACAAUCUAUUUAUGAGGAAUUUAAUAAUAAAUAGAUAUCGUUAAGUAAUACUUUAUGGAAUUGUGAGGACCCAUCAAUUAAACCAACAAAAACAUUUUCAUGUAGCAAGGGAGUGGAUUUAAUGCCCCUAGAGAAAGUGGAUUAAGUUUGCCAUAAUAUUUAGAAUACUAUAAAUACAAAACUACCUCAUUUUGAAAUUUAGUUAUACAUAGAUGUGUAAGGUAAUAAUUCUAUAGAUGACUAUGAAUGCAUAAGUAUUCAAGUAACCGAUUAAUUAGACAGACUAUAGAUAUGUUUAAAUUCAAAAUAUAACUCCACUUUUGGAAGUUCACUUUAUUGUCUUCAAGAUGAAGUUUGGAAAUAUUAGCUACGUUAAACAUAAAUUAUUUAAACAACACAUUCCUCUGAAAAUAUCUAAAUAUAAAUAUCAGCUAAUUGCGAUUAAGAUUUUUCUGAUGAAUCAUAUUCGUUUAGAAAUAUCUAAUUAUUUGUAAUUAGAUGUUACAAAACCUGUAAAACUUGUUCAGGGGAAAGAAAGGAUUAAUGCAAAAGUUGUUAUGAUAAUAUAGUUAUGAAUGGUAAUACAUGUAAAUCUUGUAAAGAUUAACGGGACAAAUAAUUUCUUUAAAUUCCUGGUGGUUGUAGAGACAAUUGUAAAUAAAAUUAUAGUUUUGAUGAAGAGUUCGUUUGCUAGGAAGAUAUAUGUAAGAUUUAUAUCUAAUCUUUAGAUGUUUAAAAAUCUUGCUAAGAAAGUUGUUAAUUGUGUACAAAUACAUAAUAUUGUUUAUAAUGUUAAGAAUAAAAAUAUCUCCAUUCUGGUUAGUGUAUAACUUAAUGCCCAGAUUACACAAAGAUAGAAGGAAAGAAUUGUUUGAAUAGCAUAGAUAUAUUGAAAAAAUAAAAUAUAAAGAUUUUAGAAUAAGUCAAAGAAUUUUACGAUCUAUCAACAACUAAUAGUAAGAUCAAGUAGUUGUUUACAUUUAUAUCAAAAAUUGGAGAAAGUCAUUUCUUAAAAGGAGGUGAAAUAUAUUUCAGCUACUUAUCAAAUAAAAGAAUAUUUGGAGGACCAUUUAUAUGGAACAAUGCUAAAUUUCGAUUUAAUUACUAAUGGACAUAAUAAAUCAAAUAUUUUAUAAUAUUUUUUGAAAUCAUUCUGGGUGACACUGAAUUAAAUUCAAACAAAUUAAAUUAUUAAAUAAAUUAUGAAUCACAAUAAACUAUAACUUUACAUUAAUAAAUGCAUAUAAAUCGAUCCAGACAUCGAAGAUUAAAAUUGGCCUAGCGAUUAUAAAUAUAAUAAAUACAAUGUGGAUGUCUCUUUUUCAUAUAAAUAAUAAACUAGUCUAUUAACUACUAUAGACUUAGAAUGUUUGGGGUUAAAUCAAUUUAGCUUUUGCGCAAUUUAGAAUUUUAACAUAGUUGGAUUUUCUGAAUGUAUCCAAGGAUACAAAUUUGAUUAAUUUAAUUACGAAAGAAAAUCAACCCCUGCAUCCCAAUUUGCGGAGAUAAAUUAAAAGUUGAAGAUGAAGAAUGUGAUGAUGGAAAUGAAGAUCCAUUUGAUGGAUGUUUUAAUUGUAGAUAUCAUUGUGAAGAAUUUUGUAUUAAUUGUGUUAAAGGUUAGUGUUUAUAAUAAAUUCAAUAGUAAGAAUAAAUAGUAAAUAAAUUGGAAAUGAAUAUUAAUUAUGAAUAGAGUUAUGAUUUGGAUAUGGCUUAGUUUUCUUGUAUUUUUUAAUGUAGUUUUUGCAUUAAUAAUUAAUGUAUGUAAUAUAAUUAUGGAUAUUAUUUAAAUCCAUAUACAAACUUAUGUUUGACUAUAUGUGGAGAUUUUAUUUAAUAAUCUUAUGAAUAAUGUGAUGAUUAUAUGAUUGGCAUAUUUAUGAUUAAUUAUAAUAUCAAUGAUUAUGAUGGUUGCUCAAACUGCUAAUUGAUUUAAUAUGAAAAAUGCGAUCAAGAUCCUGAAAUAAUUAAACAUCAUUGCUAAGUUUGUUUCUAAGGAAAAUGUUUAAAAUGCAACGAUGGUUUAUUAUUAGAUGGGGAUGUUUGUAUUUCAGUGUGUGGAGAUGGUUUAAUUAAUGUAUAGGAGGAAGAAUGCGAUACUGAAUAUGAAGGAUGUGAGAAAUGUAAAAUAAUGAAUGGUUAUAUUUGUGGAAAACUGCCUUUUUCAACUUGCAGCACUUGCGAUAAAGAGUGUAAAAAGUGCACAAAUUUAGAUGGAAUCAAUUUAAUAUGCUUAUCAUGUAUAGAUGGUUAUUAUGCAGUAGAAGAUAAAUGCCUCAAAUGCGAUUAGAAUUGUAUUAAUUGUAAUUUAUAAUCAAAUUUGUGUACAUCAUGCUUCAGAGAGGAUUGUGAUUUUUGUGAAUCUACUCCUGGUUUAUUUGCUGAUAUAAAGAUUAAAAAAUGCAAUUCUAUUUGUGGUGAUGGAAUUUAAGUUCAAUUUUAUGAAUAAUGCGAUGAUCAUAACUUGAAGAAUGGUGAUGGUUGUGAUUCAUAAUGCAAUUUAGAAUAUUUAGAUGAUGAAUUUAAUAAAUUUAAAGAUUGUCAAUUCAAAGGAAAUAAUACUUAUGAUUUAACAAUUAAAUAAUCAUCUGAUUUAAAUCUUUUAUGCAAUACCUAAUGUUAAUAUAGAUAACAUAGAUAUUCAAUAUUACAACUAUAAUUGUACCUAAAUUAAUCAAUUAACUUAUAGAUUAUCAUUUGAAUUUACAAAGUCAGUCUAUAAAUUCAACAUAAUUCAUGUUAAAUUAAAUUAUAUUCGUGCAAAUCAAAUUUAUAGAUAAAUUUUAAGUUAAGAUAAAAUUAAUGAAUAUUAUAUACCACCAAAUGAGAAUACUUAUUUAGAUUAGAAUCAAAUCUCUUAAAAGUAUUAUAUUCAAAGUGUUUAAGAAUCAUUUAGUUUCUUCUUUUUGAUAAUGAUUCCUAUAUCUAUUCUAUUAAACCUAUUUAAUUGCUUAUGGGCAGUUUUAGAAAUACUAAGUUGGAUCAAUAAUUUUUAUUUCCUUAAUGUAAAUUAUCCUUUUAAUGUGGAAAUAUUCUUUUUAAAAAGUGAUUGGUCAUCUUUUGUAAGCCUUCCAACUUAUUAGGGAUUAAAUUAGCCAGAUUCUAAUUAUUAUUUUGAAGCUCCAAAGAGAUUUAAAGAAAAAGGAAUAGACCCUUUAUUUUUCAAUAACAUACAAACUCCAUUUAUGUUCAUAGCCUUCUCUUUGCUUCUCUAUUCAAUAAAUUAUAUUUGUUAUUAGUUUUUUUAUUUUCUUAAUGAUGUAUUUAAGUAAAAGAUUAUUAUAAAAGUUAAGCAAUUUAGUAUUUUUAAUAUUUAGAUAAUCUAAAAAGUUAAAAAACAACCAAAUAAAGAAAAUCAUAAAGUAUAAAUUAAAUCAAAUUUUUAUUUACAAUUUAUAACUUAGACUUUUAAAUAACAUUCCACUCAUUUGAUAAAUUAAUUUAAAUAAACAAUCUAAUUGUGUUUAUUAGAUAUUAAAAUCAAAAAUUUUAAUUCAAUCAAAAUUUAUUUUAUUUUUAAAAAGAAAUCUUUAAAUUUUCAUAUGAAUUCAUAUUGUACAUUAGCGAUUCAGCUUUAAUUAUCAUUUUCAAAUGGAUCUUCAAAUAUAAUAGUAGGUUUUAAUUCAUUUUUUGCUAUAAUAACGAUUGGAGUCAUUAUAUUUUAAUUAUAUCGGCAAUAUUAAGUAUUGAAUAUUCAUAAACUUAAAGCCUAAAGUAAGCACUUUGAAGAUCUAUAUGGAGUUUAUUAUGAAGAUAUUGAUACUGAAAAAUAAUAUGGUUAUUAUUAUUUAUACUUUGGAUAAAUAAGUAAGAUUUUAUACAUCUAUUUUAUGGUAAAUUACUAUUAUACUCCUCUUCUUUAAGUUAGUUUAUGUUAUUUAUCUAGCUCUUUGCGCUUUUUACUUUUAUUUUAUGAUAAUCCAUAUAAUUCUAAAAAGUAAUUUAUUAUAGAAUUAAUAUCCAAUUUUUGUUUAAGCUCAAUUAUUUUAAUUAUUUUAUUUAUUUUCUAUGAAUGACCAAAUAACUAUAAAAUUUAUAGAAUAAAACAAAGUUAUUUUAGGUUGGUUGAUAAUAUCUUUAGUCAUUUUUGCAAUUUUUGUUGAAUUUUGUAUUUUGGUUGCUGGAAUUUUAAUGUACUUAUUUUCAAUUUUCAAAAUGAUUUAGAAUUUGAUUAAGAAAGUUUUCAAUAAUAACAGAGAUAGUAUACAAUAGCAUUAAUAAAAAUAAUAAUUACAAAUUACUAAAAAAAUUAAAAACAAAAUUAGAAGUGUUUGA